GGCGGAAAAUAAAUUCAUCGUUUGAUCGAGAUUAUAACGGUCUGGGUCCUUGCUGUCCUUCUGAAAAGUGCACUUUGUUGUCGCGUGAUUCUCGUCCUUUGCGCCAAGAUGAACAGAAUUAUCCUCCAGCUCUUUGCAGUCGGGUUCUGCGUUGCACUCGGUCAAGCUCUCAAAUGUUACAAGUGUGACUUCGGCAUCGGGUCCCUGUGCAUAACCUCUGAAACCACAUGUGAAAGCGGAGAGCACUGCUUCAUCGGUUACGGAAAAGCAGCUGGCUUCGUGGACAUCAAGGUGAAGGGCUGUAUAGCGGAGGCCAAGUGCAACAAGACCGAAGAUACGACCUUCAAUGUCGCCGGCAGCAACGCCACCAUCUACACCUUGACAACCAAAUGCUGCAACACCGACCUGUGCAACGCCGCGCCGGGUCUCCCCGGGUCCUCCGGCCUGAGCCUGGCCCUGGCGAGCAUCUCUGCUUUGUUUGUGGCCACUUACGUGGUGUAACAGAAGACAAUGCAUGUGUCCAAAGUGCCUAAACUCACACUCUACAUAUUGUACACACACACACACACACACACACACACACAAGCGUGUUAUAUUGAUACUGAAUAUAUUCUCCUCAUGCAUGGGAGUUUGUUUUCCACACGGGCUUUGUGAUUACUGUCCUUUGAGGUGUAUUGUAUUUUCUGUUUCACACAACUGUUCAUGUCUGUUAAAACAUGCUUUUGUAUUUUUAUAUAUGCUUCUGCCCCCAUUUCCCUGUAAGUAAAUGCAAUGACAUACAAGCCUCAGUAUCGGUGUAUGACACAGAUAUUAACAUGGUCUCAGUUCAGCUCUGUGGAUGCAAUUGGCUGCAUCACACGUUACAUAUUUACCUGUAUAAUUAAACCAUUUCAAAGGUACAGGCUAGUUUAUCGCUACUUAGAGGAAUAGUUCAGCUCCAGACAGCAGAUGGUUAGACGGCUGGCCUAGCGUGGGUUUGUUUGUUAGCACUCUUAUAGCUGAUAAAUAACGCAUUAUAUUUUGUAUACUGUGUGUUGGAACAACAAAUUGUGAGUUUUAAUACUCAUCCAGGCUAAGUUUACCACCUUUAUGCUAAGCUAAGCUAAGCUAACCACCUUCUUGCUGUGGCGUCGUGUUCUUUUAAUUUAUUGCCUUUGUCCUAUUCAUAAAGUUCACAUUUCUACUUUUAUCCAUUUCAUAAAGCCAUUUGUGUCCAUUUUAUUUAGCUAACAUAAGUAAAUUCUUUAGUCCUUUUUGUUUUUUUGUUUUUUUUGUUUUUAUUUUAGUCUGACCCCAAACAACUCUACCCACUCCUGUUUGUGGCUGAGAAUAAAGUGAUUUGAAAGUUGUCGAUGUGAUAUCUCUCAAACUGACACAAGGCUGGCAAAAACAAGUUUCAAAAACAAGUUUUUUUCCAAUUGGUUAUCUAGAUUUAAAGAUGAGUAAAUAAAAGGUCAUUAAAUCAGGAAAGGUU